AUGAAAGAUAAUCAUAAGUUUCGUAAUGAAACGUAUCGUGAAAGAAUCAAAUUAAAAAGGAGUUUAUCGAAAAAAUUUGACGAGGAAUGUAGAAGGAAAAAAGCAUCAUAUCAAGCAAAAUGGCGUAGAAACAAGAAAGAAGAACAACAACAAUCAACCAUAUCAAUACCGAGUGUAUCUACUUCCAGGACAAAAGAUUUAAGAAAAAAAGAAGGGCAACGGCGUCGAAGAUUACAUAUAUCAAGCUUACGGGCAGAUAAUAUUAAAUUGCGAGAAACAGUACGAAUAUUGACAAAAGAAAUUAAACAGCUUCGUUCAUCUCGAACUCCAACACCACCACCUGAUUCACCAUCAAAAUUUUUCUUUGAUAAUGUUAGUCCAAAUGCUAAACAACGUACAGUGUUACGUCUUAAAGAUAAAAUCGAAAAUCUACCACGAGGUACAUCAGCACAAAUCAGAAAUGAUAUCACAAAGUUAUGUCCUGACAAACACAAACAAAUUGACGGUAGUCAAAUUCGAUAUCGUCUUAAUCAUAUGAAUAUUCUCCACCAACAGUUUGAAUUGGAAAGUACUAUAGAUAUAGACUACGUUACAUUCACUCGAUAUAUCCCAUCUUACAUUAAGAAACCGAAUAAUGAUAGUUGGGGGACAUGCUUAUGCAUGCCAUGUCUUAAUCCUCAACUCAAAUAUGAAAAACUUCAUCAAUUGAAGCGUAAACACGCUUGUAUCAAAGUUAUAGUUGAUUUCACACCUAUUGAUUUAUAUGAUUUAGCAAAAGACGAAAUAAAAAUUAAUGAAUUUAAAGAUAAUUUGACUAAAUUAGAUAAAGAAGAUGAAGAAAUUCUUGUUACUUUUUGUGAAUGGCAGAAGAUAAAAGCACUGAAUUGUACAGCUCCUGUUUCUACAAAAGUUUCCAUAUCUAUAUCGAUCAAAGAGUUUAUAAAGAAAUUUAUAAUAGAAGUUGAUGUAAGUGUAUAUUUAUUUUACUAAUGGACGAUUAGAACAUACAUAGCUUUACUUUUAUUUUGUUUUUAAUUUUUUUAUAACUCCUUUUCUUAGUGUUACGUGUGCAAAUACACUCAAUGUCGAUAGAAAAUACAUGUAAACCAUUCAAACUAUACUGUUUCCUAUAAAAUCAUAAGUCGAGUGAAUGGGAAGAUCCAGUAUGAAGGCAGAGUAAAAUAUGGAAAUAUGCCCCCGAAUAUGAAGCAGUUACAAAAAAAGAAUUUUCUAGCUGCUUUCGAAUCGUAUUGCUGCUAAAAUUUAGAUAGACCGAUACACAGCUUUAGUCAGUGGAAAAUAAUACAUAUAGAGAAAAUCGUAGAUUUUUGCAAGUCAUAUCUCCCGUAAUAAUCGAUAGAGUGUUGGGAAAUUUUUGCUGUAUAUCACAGACAUAGAGUCUAAUAAAAUCCACUACUCAAAAGUUGUGCAGAUUCACUUUCAUCUUUUGCGCCUAUUGUACUAAAAAGUUGCAAUGUACUCUAGCUUCUAUUUUUAUUCAAUAAUUUGUAUUUAGAAAAAAUCAAGACAUGUCCGUAGAUAGAAUUGAUAACAUAGUUCUCAAAAAAAAAAUAAAAAAAAAAAUUUCGAAAUUAUCGUACUCCCCUCCAGGGUUUGGGGUUGAUAAAAAAAUUUUUUCGAUUUUCGUGACAACUACAUCAACCAUUCUAUCUAAGAUCAUGUACUGAUGCGUACUAGGUAUACAUUUUUGAACUUUCGAAGUGUAUUUGUCGUCACAUGGAACCACCCACAAAUAGAAAAAAUCGCAAAUUUAUACGGGACAUAUCUCCGUUAAUAAUCGAUGAAGUGUUGGGAAAAGUUUUUUGUGUACUACUGGCAUAGAGUGUAACAAAAUGUACUACUCAAAAAUCGUAUAGGUUCACUUUCAUCUGUUUGCAUGAAUUGUACCAAAAAGUUGCAAUUCACUCAUAUAUAUAUAUAUAUCGAGGGUUUGGAAAAAAAAUAGAAAUAUAAGUGCAAAUAAAGAAUGACCUGAGAUAGUUCAGAUCAAAGAAAAGAAAGAAAGAAGAAAAAACAUAACGAGGGUUAGCCGCUAACAAUGUUAUACAUGUAUAUCAAACUCAUUAAUUUACAGUCAUUUUAUAUUAAUUAGUUUAAUAAAAUAUUAAGGCCCCCCCCACCCUAAUUUCUAUUUUUUCUCCGGAUUAUCCGAUCUUGCUGAAAUUUUCAGGGAAGGUGUAUCUACUGUUUGGUAACUUACGAAAAAAUUUUCAGGUCGAAAUAUUUAGCCAAUCACGAUUUAUCUGACGAUUAUGGGCCAAAAUGGUGGUGUCAGCGUUUCCCAAAUUUCUCAGUCAUUUCAAAUGUUAGAAAGCUCGGGUCACUUUUAAAUUAUACCGAAAACGUUGCGCUACAACUUGACAAGGUCGGGUUUUUGUUUUUCAUUUCCAAUUUUUUUAUUCAAGCUCAUCUCAUACUGUAUGGCAAAAAAUAGGCUAUACCUUGUAAAAGAUUUGAAUCUGAUGAGAUAUUAAACAAACAAAUCUUAGAUUCUGGCUUUGUUAAUUUCUAGAACCGAUCAUUGGAGUCAUUUUAACACCAAUCGCAAGUCUCUAGCGUUUAAAAUGGCGGAGAAAUUUGGGAAAUACAAAAGUGUUAAAGCAAAAAACUCUAUUUUGAGAAAAACUUAAAACAAGUUUGAGAAGUGAAUUUCAAAACUUUUUCUACAAUAACAUGGUGCGAAAUGAAGUUUUUAGUGAUUUCCUAUCGAUCAUUGAUCAGAACGAGUUGAAUGGACGUAUUCAAAGG